GUUACAGCAAAUCGCCGUUGCCUCUCGCGGCCGCCGAAAGUAUGUCUACUUGGUAACGGUUUCAUACUCGGCAGGAGUGGUGGCAUUGCGUCUUGACGCAACAAGUUUCGGGUUUUGUUUAUAUCAAACUAAAACUGGAUGCGAAUAAGUUUCCAUUUGUAACACUCGGAGAUAAAAUACAUGUUUAGCCUUCAACAGUCGUUGGAAUCGUGCACUAUUACCUGCACGUCUUGUAAGAAUUUAGUUUAAAAUCAAAAUGUAUUCAGUAAAAAAAUAUCUGUAAUGACAUGCUGACUAUGUUUGGAUUUAUGGUUUGAGAAGAACGUUUUUUGGGGGACUAUCUUCCGCUGGGGGAAAAAAAAGAGGAUCCACGCGCAUUUCUCCUCAUAUAACGCGCACGUUUUUGUAGGAAUACUUUUUAUUUGAUGGAUACCUCCGAGCUCUGUGAAUAGAUAAUGCAUUACACAGGAUGGGUGCGAACAAUGGGAAACAAAGUGGGAGUGAGGGUAAAGGCAGCUCCAGUAUUUCCUCCGACCUGAGUUCAAGUACGGAUCAGACGUCAACCAAAGCUCCCAAGAAUGCAGCUACCAGCGAAGAUUCGGACCUGAGCAUGCGGACAUUGAGCACCCCCAGCCCUGCUCUCAUCCUUCCUCCUCACUUCCACCCUCUCUCUCCUCUCCUCCCCCUGUCGGCCCCCUUCAACAGCUCCUCCUCCACCUCCUCCUCUGAGACGGUUGCCAUGGUGCACGCCACCUCCCCUCCCCCUUUCUUCUCCACCACCCACUCACGCCGCCGCGCCACCCGGGACCACCACCAGGGGGCAUCGGUGCCCAUCGACCUCUUGCCGGACCAGAUCUUCCUGGACGUCUUUGCCCGCCUGCCCACCAACCAGCUGUGCCGUUGCGCCCGCGUCUGCCGCCGCUGGUACAACCUGGCGUGGGAUCCCCGGCUGUGGCGGAGCAUCCGGCUGACGGGGGACGUGCUCCACGUCGACCGGGCGUUGAGGGUACUGACGCGGCGCCUCUGCCAGGACACGCCCAACGUGUGCCUGAUGCUGGAGACCCUUGUGGCGAGCGGGUGCCGGAGGUUGACGGACCGCGGUCUGCUCACGGUGGCCCAGUGCUGCCCCGAGCUGCGCCGCCUGGAGGUGGCGGGCUGCUAUAACGUGUCCAAUGACGCCGUGUUCGAGGUGGUGUCGCGCUGCCCCAACCUGGAGCAUCUAGACGUUUCAGGCUGCUCCAAGGUGACCUGCAUCAGUCUGACGCGGGAGGUGUCCCUUAAACUUUCGCCAAUGCACGGCCAGCAGAUCUCCAUCCGCUACCUGGACAUGACUGACUGCUUGGCCCUGGAGGACGAAGGCCUGCACACCAUCGCCGCCCACUGCACCCAGCUUACCCACCUCUACCUGCGGCGCUGCAUGCGCCUCACCGACGAGGGCCUUCGCUACCUGGUCAUCUACUGCCCCGCCGUGCGCGAGCUCAGCGUCAGCGACUGCCGCUACGUCAGCGACUUCGGCCUGCGCGAGAUCGCCAAGCUCGAAGGCCGGUUGCGCUACUUGAGCGUGGCGCAUUGUGGAAAGAUCACUGACGUCGGGGUUCGGUAUGUCGCUAAGUAUUGCUCACGGCUGCGAUACCUGAACGCGCGGGGCUGCGAGGGCCUCACGGACCACGGCCUGGAGUACCUGGCCAAGAGUUGCCCCAAGCUGAAGUCGCUGGACAUCGGAAAGUGUCCGCUGGUGUCGGAUGCAGGCCUGGAACUGCUGGCGCUCAACUGCUUCAAUCUGAAGCGUCUGAGCCUCAAGUCGUGCGAGAGCAUCACGGGCCGCGGGCUGCAAGUGGUGGCGGCCAACUGCUUCGACCUGCAGCUGCUCAACGUGCAGGACUGCGACGCGCCACUGGACGCACUGCGAUUCGUGAAGCGCCACUGCAAGCGUUGCGUCAUCGAGCACACAAACCCAGCCUUUUUCUGAGGGGUGG